AUGUAAUCCAAAGACUUUUAAUUGUAAUUAGAUUUUUAAGCUUUAAGAGAAUCAUAAAUACAACUGGACAAUAUUAUUGAUCAAAUUUAAAAAUAAAAACAAUCACAAUCCUUAAAAUUAAAUUAACUUUCAUCAUCCAAUUUCGAAUUCACUUAAACCUUAUAGUAAUUUGCUAUUUCCAAUUCCCCCAUCAAAGACACUGAUAAUAAUAGUAAAUUACCCAAUUCAAAGGAUUCUGAAUAAGAGAAGCUGAAAAUUUAGAAGGCUGAUGAUUUGAAAAAGAAAGGGAACAAUUACUAUUGUAAUGCUAAUUAUUAAUAAGCCAUCCUCAUGUAUACUGAGGCUCUGCAAUUGAUUUAAGAUAAUGUGGUCUUAUGGCUCAAUAGAGCUAUCUCAUAUAUCAAAUUAAAUUAAUUUCAUCAAGCAAUUGAAGAUUGUUCAAAAGUAUUGGAAAUUGCUAAUUAAGGGAAGGAUGCCUUGAAGGCCAAUAGUGAUAACUGUUUUAAAGCAUACUUAAGAAGAGCAUUUGCAUACUUUAAGGUGAAUUAAUUUGCUCUCGCUCUAUCCGAUAUUGAGUAGGCCUUGAUUAUUGAUCCAAAGAGUUUAGAAGCUGAGAAGUUGAAAAUGGAUGUUGAAAGAUAAUGUGUACAAAAAUAGAAGAGUUAAUAAGAGAUCAAUAAUGUUACUCCCAAGAAAAAGAUUGUUGAUUCAGAAUUGAAUUAUUAGGACGUUAUUGACAACUUCUUUUAACAAAAAGACAACUUUGAUCUCUUUCGAGCAUUAUAAGUGAUGUAGAAGAAUACUGAUGAAGCAGCUGCCUAUUUCUAUGAUAAGAAGGGAAUUGAAACUUUAAUAUAAAUAAUUUAAUCGGAUGAAGAAGUCUAACAUGAUUAAUACAACUUGAUGGCUAGUCUCCCAGCAAUGAUCUUAUAAUGCUAUUAAGAAAACAACUAGUUAUACUAAGAGUAAUUCAUAAGAAAAUACAAUGGAGUUGAUCUCUUGAUUCAGAAAAUAAUCAGCUUGCUAGAUAAGGCCAAUAAUAAAAAGAAUUCAGCAAUUUACGAUUGCAUCAAAGAUUAUAUUGAUGCUUUAAAUAUUAUGACAGAUAACAAAAUAAGGAAUCUUAUUUAAUCAAAUCCAAAUUUUGAAACCAAAUUUUAUUCUUAAAUAUUCUGUCCAAUCCUAAGUCUACAUCAAACUGAAAUCGAACUAACAACCUCAUUAUUAAGUUUAAGUGCCAACCUAUGUUUUGAUGUAAAUAGUUCCAUUAGAAUUGUAUUUUAUAACAAAUUUGAUGAUAUGAUAAUUGCAGUGAUUCAAAUUUUAGAAAAUGCUAAAUUGAGUCUCUCCUCAUGUAAUUUACUAGUAUAAUUGUUUAAUUAUUUGUCAAACUUGUUAAUUGAAGAGUAAUUUAGACAAAAAUUUCUGAGCCAAGACUUCAAUAAAGAAUUUUUUAAAUAGUUUUUCGAUAUUUUAAAAAAACUUGAUUUGCAUUUUAAAGAACUGUUAUAAAUUUAAUUAGGCUUUCUAAUUAAUCUUUUGUAUCAAAAUGAGAUAAUCCAUUCCGAGUAUCUGAUAUUUGAAUUGAGAACUCUGCCUAGCUUAUUUGCAUAAUUUAGUCUAUCUAAAGAUGCGAUAAUUUUGGAAAGAAUAGAAAUUCUUCAAUCCUUUUUAUAGAUUCGAAAAUAUUAUUUAUUUAAUUAGAAAACCAAAAGCAAUUGA